GGCUGACUAUCCGGCGGCCCGGGCGAAGCGGGCGCGGUGCGCUGCGGGCCGCUGCAGACAGGGGGCGGCCGCGCCCACUUCCUCCGCCGCUCCGCACCCGCCGGCGGCGCACCCGGGUGGCAGCGCUGCGCGCCCGGACCUACCCGGCUUUGGCGAGGCGGCCCUCGGCGCGCUCGGAUCCCACCGCGCGCUUUGCGACCCGGCUGCGGGGCGUUCGGCUGCCCGCAUGGACGCGGUGCUGAAGCGGAGCCGCUCUGAGGAGCCGGCGGAGCUUCCGCCGCCCGCCCGGGAAGUGGAGGAGAAAGAGGAGGAGGAAGAGAGGAUGGAGCAGGGCCUGGAGGAGGAGGAAGAGGUGGACCCCCGGAUCCAGGGAGAGCUGGAGAAGUUAAAUCAGUCCACGGAUGACAUCAACAGACAGGAGACUGAACUUGAGGAUGCACGCCAGAAAUUCCGAUCUGUCCUGGUCGAGGCAACGGUGAAGCUAGACGAACUGGUUAAGAAAAUCGGCAAAGCUGUGGAGGACUCGAAGCCCUACUGGGAGGCCCGCAGGGUGGCAAGGCAGGCUCAGCUGGAAGCUCAAAAAGCCACACAGGACUUCCAGAGGGCCACCGAGGUGCUCCGUGCUGCCAAGGAGACCAUUUCACUGGCUGAGCAGCGGUUGCUGGAGGAUGACAAACGGCAGUUUGACUCUGCUUGGCAGGAGAUGCUGAAUCAUGCUACUCAGAGGGUCAUGGAGGCCGAGCAGACCAAGACAAGGAGCGAACUGGUACACAAGGAGACAGCAGCCAGGUACAAUGCUGCCAUGGGCCGUAUGCGUCAGCUGGAGAAGAAACUCAAACGAGCUAUCAACAAAUCCAAGCCUUAUUUUGAACUCAAGGCAAAGUACUACGUGCAGCUUGAGCAACUGAAGAAGACAGUGGAUGACCUUCAGGCCAAGCUGGCCCUGGCAAAAGGCGAGUACAAGGCAGCCCUGAAGAGCCUGGAGAGGAUCUCAGAUGAGAUACAUGAGCGGCGGCGCUCCAAUGCCAUGGGUCCUCGGGGCUGUGGCGUUGGGGCUGAGGGCAGCAUCACAUCAGUAGAGAAACUACCUGGGAACAAACCUGAGCCUGAUGCCAUUUCUGUGGCUUCUGAAGCCUUUGAAGAUGACAACUGCAGCAACUUAGUGUCUGAAGAUGACUCAGAAACCCAGUCUGUAUCCAGCUUUAGUUCAGGGCCAACAAGUCCAUCUGAAAUGCCUGACCAGUUCCCUGCAGUGGCAAGGCCUGGCAGCUUGGAUCUGCCCAGCCCCGUGUCCCUGUCUGAAUUUGGAAUUAUGUUUCCAAUACUGGGCCCUCGAAGUGAAUGCAGUGGGGCCUCCUCUCCUGAAUGUGAAGUGGAACGAGGAGACAGAGCAGAAGGGGCUGAGAAUAAAACGAGUGACAAAGCCAACAACAACCGCAUUCUCAGCAACAUCAACAGUGGUGGUGGCAGGGACAGGAGCCAAAGCAGCACAUCCCUUGAGGGACAGGCCUUGGAGACCCGUAUGAAGCAACUCUCCCUACAGUGCUCAAAAGGAAGAGAUGGGAUUAUUGCUGACAUAAAAACGGUGCAGAUUGGCUGAUCCACCCAGGGCUAUGGCCCAUGGGCACAUCACAUUUAUACAUGAAACUCUAGAAACAUCGUGCCAAUAAUCAAUCUAACAUAAGCCAAAUAGUGUAUGCAUUUACUCUAAACUGCACUAACCAAGUUUCAGUGACCUUGAGGGCUGAAGAAUUUCCCUCUGAUAAGAGCUCUUGGGCUGGUGUGUUUUUCAGAGCAAAGCCAUUGCAGGUAAAUUGUGACCAGGGUCACAGCCUUUGCAGAACAUUCCCUGUGGCAGCAGUGUGGAGCAAUAACUAGUUUCUGUGAAAGAACCCGAGCCUGGAGGAGAACAGGGCAGUUAGCCAGACUGGGGUCACCAGCCUCCAUCUCUAUCCACCUCUUUCCCCUCUAUUUGGGGAAACUGAGAAGUUUUUUCCAUUAUAAUAUCACAGAGCACCAAAAUAAUUUUAAAACUCACACAAACACAAAGAGAAAGCUUAAAAAUAAUGCCAAGAACACAAUUCAUCUUUAUCACCUCUGGUGCUCAGAGGGGGAUUUUUUAAAAAGCAUGUCUUCUGGGACACCCAUUAAAACCAUUUCCUAGGAAAGCUACCAUUAACUGCACUUUUGGGGGGUGGGAAAGGUGAAUGAAUGCCAAUGUGGGGAUGGGUAAUGAGGUAGCAAGGACAUAGCAUAGAGGGGAUUUGUGGCUGUGGGAGGUUCUAUAGCCUGACCUUAGCCUGACAGCCAAGGGGGGUUUAUUCUAAGACAAGUGCAUGUGAAGAAUGGUUGCCACUGUUCUAUCUAGAUUGACAAGAAGUUAAUUUCUCUGUAGGCUGUAACUUCUACAUUAAUUGCGAUUAUUUAAGGUUUAUGCUGCACCUAGUAUUCCUUAGAGGAAACUGUCCCUUUAAAGGGACAGUAAAUAGAAGGGCAGGUAAAUAGAAGCAACAGAUGUCAUGAUAAUAGUAGUGUAUUUAGACUUAGUGUUUAUGGUUAUGCAUAAUUAGGGCUCUGUAUUGUAUUUGUCCUAUUCCAUUAAUUUGGCUUUUCUAAUGAAAAAAGCACCCCUCCCCAUUUCAAAUUGUCUCUUAAUUCUGUCACAGCUUGUAUAUUUUAGCCAUGUGUGUAUAGCUUCAUACAACAGUGGUUUCUUCUUUUUUUAUUGAUGAAUACAGUAUCCUAAUUACAAGGUUAUUUUGUACUUGUUUUAAUACCUUGAGGGUAAUAAAAACUAAGAAAACUUUGUGACUUCAGAUGAGAAAACCCACUGUUGUCUUACUCUGGGAAAUGCUGUCGUUUUAAGAAAGACCAUCCGGCAUUGGUGGCACAUGUGUUUAGUCCCAGCACUGAGGAGGCAGAGGCAAGUGGAAACCCUGUCUCAAAAAAUCAAUGUCAUUUUCAGAUAAAGUGAUAAUCCUGGUAAUGUUAACUCAAUCCCAAGGUCUGGAUUCAAAUGCCACUCUUGGUGUUGCACAGGUAAACACUGAGGAGAGACAAACAGGCAGCCACAGCUUCACUGGUCAGUGUAGUUAGUCUCCUGGGGUAGGGGCCUAACAUCCUGCAAUAUGGUUUCAUCUGUCAGCCUGAUUUAAUCUGUGGUACACUUGGGCACAGAUUUUAAUGUAUAUGCUGCAUACUGAAAUGUGUUGUGGAACAAGUGCCUAGUUAGUGUUACCUAUUAAUAUUCUCAGUUGCUGGAAGUCUCUUUCAACUUCUCUGUUUCCCUGCAGCUGAGACUUUGCUUAUUCUCCUUCCUAUCAACGUUAGUGAGGUUAAGUUGUGUAGUCUAAUGUUCAGGAUCCACCAUGGGGGAUUUCUGGGCCACAUAUCUGUCACCCUGAAUGUUGUUCCUCACAAUAAAAUCUCGUGAGCAUUUACAGCAAGGAACAGAAGAUGGGGUUUUCUUGUGUGGGGAGCUUAGCACCAUAUCCCUUACUUGAGCAUAGGGCUUCAUAAUCUGGCCUCUUGCCUCGGUUCCCUAUCCCAUCGGUCUGGGAAUGCACAACCUUUGACUUGGUUCCUGUCUCACAUCACUUCCUCAUAUUUCCAAUACAGCAGGGCCACUCAUGUCACCAUGGCCUUCUUGCAAUUCACUGUCCUUUUGACUUUACUCUCCCAUAACCUCAGUUUCAGUUUUGGGCCCUCUUUUUUCAGGUGACCACGAACCAUGUACUACUAAUUCUAGAAUUCAACCUCUUCUGGAUAAUUUUCUUUACUGUGUCAAGGGGAAAGUCCAUUCUUUGAGUCUGAGCAUCUAUGUGUAUACUGAAAUUAGAUACCUGAGCCAACCCCUCCUCUCUUCUAGCAAUCUCUAAUUUUUCCCUUUUUUAAAAAAUCUGUUCCACCAUUGUGCUUCUGAUCCAAAUGUCAAUUCCAACUACCAAUUCCAGCCUGCUGUCCCCACAUGCAAAGCAGCUGAGCUACAGGCUUGUGAUCUUCCAGUUUCUUUACCCAGCUAUAAAAAGAAGUAAUACUGAUUAUACUUGAUUUAGCAACUGGGAAGAUUAAAAAAAAGUAUGCACAAUGAGUACGUUCAUAGUAAAAAGUAACUCCUGGCUACUUUUCUAUUCUGUAUUUGGAGCUUCAAGUUCAAAUGGCACUUCUUGAAGUGUGUGUGUGUGUGUGUGUGUGUUUGGUCCAGCCUUACCUGUACACUUGUAGACUCUCCACAGAGCUUGAUUACAGGGUCCAACACUGUUUAUUUGUUUUUGUGCUGCUGGGGAUUGAACCCAGGGCCUUGGACAUGCUAAGCCAAGUGUUGUAAUACUGAGCUGCCUCUAAGCCUUCUACUAUAUUUCGGGUUUAUAUGGCCAAGUGGAAUCUCACUGAUGAAAAUCUUCCAACUACUGAAUUAAAAGCUAUCCUUGAAACAUACCUUCCAUAAGUAUAAAUAUUUUAUUUCAAUUAAAGGCAGUAGAAAUAGUUUUGGUAAUUAUAAAGUAGAGACAGCGACAAGAUCCCAACCUAUAAAUCUUGAGCAUCAUUCUGUACUAAUAAUUUUUAUGUAAACAAAUGGGAAUUUACACAACACUAAUUCCUGGCAACUCACUUUUUAUGAAUGCUGUAUAACUCGAUCACCACAUACCAGAUUCACAAGGACUCUCCAAAUCCUUGUUAUGAAAGCACCAACUACAGAGCAAUUUAAAAACUCUACACACUAAACUUUAACAUUUCCAGUCUCAGAUCACUACAUUCACCAACCUGCUAAGAAUUAAAAAAAUGGCAACAGUAAACUAUACCUCUGUUCUCUCCACAAUGGAUGAUAUAUCUAACACUGACAACCUUCAUUCUUAAGCCUGAGCAUCUUCAUGCUAAGCUAAAUGGUACUUUUUAAAGCUUUAUUCUCUCAUAACAUCUAGGCAACAAUAAACAUUUAAAGACACAAUAAAAAAUUCAAACUAAUUACAAUGACAUUCAUUUGGUAAUUAGUUGCCUAAGAUGUAUGGUGGAGUUCAACAUGAACAGGUUAAACUUACGUGCUCUGU